AGCAAUUUAAAACGCUCACUUAAUUUCAGCUCUUUGAUAUACAGCAAUGAGGCCUAAAUUUGGUAUAGAUUAUUUUGAACGAUGUUUGGUGACGUUUUGCGUACUCUCCGUGGAUUUAGUUGUCGGUUUGGGAAAGAGCCAGGACAGCGAAUUUACUUUUCUCCUACCUGCUGCAGCAACGGAGUGUUUUUUCCAAACAGCUACGAAAAACGGCAGCAUGGAAGUUGAAUACCAGGUGAUUGCCGGCUCAGGGUUGGACGUGGGCUUUACCAUCAUCUCCCCUCAGGGUUUCAGGCUAGUCUCUGACUUCAGGAAGUCCGACGGCAUCCACAUGAUUGACCCCACAGAGGAGGGAGAUUACAGGAUCUGCUUUGACAACAGCUUCAGUAAAUUCUCAGAGAAAAUGGUGUUUGUAGAAGUAAUAAUGGACACACAGAUUGGAGAAGGUGAAGAGGAGGAAGAUGAUUGGGCAGACUUAGUACAGCCAGAGAGCAUGCUGGAGUAUAAACUAGAAGACCUCAGGGAGAUGUUGGACACGCUGCGCAGGAACCUUGAACGUACCCGUCAGGUCCAGUCUGCGCUGCGUGCCUUCGAGGCGCGGGACCGCUACCUGCUGGAGGAUAACCUUUGGCGGGUCUCUUUCUGGUCCAGCGUCAGCCUGCUGAUCAUGGUGACCGUCGCCCUCACUCAGGUCUACACGUUGCGUCGCCUCUUCGAUGACAAGAGGAAGGUUCAUACUUAACCUUCGUAUGGUGAUGGAAACAUUUAGACGGAGAGCUGGAAGUUGGUACCCUACGUGCACUACAAAUUUAACAGUGAAAAAGUAUGUUUAAAGAACUACAGUAUGUUAGAAAGAACGGAAUCAGUGGGGGUCAGUUUGGUGUUCUGAUGGUCGGUAACCAAGUGAGAUGAAGAAGUAAAAAAGAAGCAGAGUUAGUAAGACAGGAAAAGAAACUGGAAAAAGAGAGUGAUGGAGUACUUGCCAAAUUUGCUUUGCAAUGUAAGAAUACCAAAGAGGAGUGCUUAUUAGGAAACCCCUACCAAUCUUUUUUUUUUUUUUAAAUUUAUGUUUGUAUGACCUUUGCAAAUGGUUGUCACUACUGAAUUUUAUAUGUGAGUGCCUUUGAUGUUUU